GGCUUGGGGAACCCUGGAUCCCUAGCCACACACUGGUAAGAGCUCAUGACUCUUUUCCUUCCUUCCUUCCUUCUUUCUUUCUUUCUUUCUUUCUUUCUUUCUUUCUUUCUUUCUUUCUUUCUUAACUUUAAUUUUAUUUAUAUAUUUAUUUAUUACAAUUUAUUCACCAUGACUCUUUCCUGAGCCUGCUUGCAUAGCUGGUCUCAGGACAAGGCAAGAGUCAGUUCGGAACGACACUGAGGAGUAACAUUUAUGGAGCAUUUACUGGACAGUCUUUGUGCACCAUAACGCCACCUCAUUAAACCUUACCGCCAAUCUGCGGGGCAGGCGUGAUCCCUGCUUUUACAGUGGAGGAAAGUGAGGCUCGGGGACACAAUAAUGAAGGCUAUGAGAGCAUUUGAAGAAUUUGGUGUGGGUGUGGGAAAGCCCCAACCAAGCAAAGCAAAAUCCCCAGAGCCCUCCCCCGGACUCCAUUUCCCAGAAUGCAAUGCUCCUGGAUGAUGGGAGGAGGAUCUGUGAAGGGUUAGCCCAGCCCAGGCCUGAAGCUAGGAAAGGGCGCCGGAGACCCUAGCAGGGCAGUCACAUCCCAGGACUCUUGUUCUGCAGACGGAAGGAAUGCGGCCACGGCCCAUAGCAUCAGGAUCCACAAUUCAUUUGUCAGGGUGCUGGCUCAGUCUAAUCUUGUUCUCACCUCCUCCAGGCAGGCGCCUGUAUCCUGGAGUAUGCCACCCCCUUGCAGACCUUGUUUGUCAUGUCACGGGAUGGGAAAGCUGGCUUCAGUCGGGAGGAUCGACUUGAGCAGGCCAAACUCUUCUGCCGGACACUUGAGGACAUCCUGGCCGAUUUCCCUGAGUCUCGAAAUACCUGCCGCCUCAUUGUCUACCAAGGAAACUCCUGGAGAGCCUGUCCCCGCCCCCGCCCCCCCCCCUCGCCCCAGCACUCCCUCUCUCUUCUCCAUUAUGGACAGAGAUACACCGAGGAGCCUGCUGGCUACACACCCAGCUAAUAUGGGGACCAACGGAGCCAUGCGGCUGGGUUCAGCAAUCCUUGGUUUACUCCUGCUCCAAGGCUACAACUCUCAGGCUACAACAACUCAGACCUCUCAGGGGCUUUUCAGGAGUCUGAACUCCCAGCCAGUUUCUCUCAGCUCAGGAGAUAAAUCUUCCUCAGAGCCUGGUAGCACAAGGUUUCUGCUGAGCACCGUCACUCCAGAAAUUCUACAGAAGGCUUCGCAAGGCUCCUUGGUGUCCAGUCAACCUGUGACGCCGAGGUCAAGCACCAUGGGUAAUUACUCCCUUUCUUUGCCUGGCUCGAUGUCCUACCAGCCACAGAAGUACACACUGGGACCUGAUGCAGGCACAGGGACCCCAGGAAGCAGCAGCAGCAGCAGCAGCAGCAGCAGCAGCAGCAGCAGCAGCAGCAGCAGCAGCACUGGCAAGAGCAGGAGAGGAGAAGCAUCUCUGAGUGCUACUCCCAGUCCAGCAACCACCAGCCUGUGGACCAGGGAAGAUGUGACCAUCCUGCCUAGCCCCACAUCAGAGUCAGUGCUCACUGUGGCUGCCUUUGGUGUUAUCAGCUUCAUUGUCAUCCUGGUGGUUGUAGUGAUUAUUCUAGUCAGUGUGGUCAGUCUGAGGUUUAAGUGUCGGAAGAACAAGGAUUCGGAAGAUCCACAGAAACCAGGGAGCUCAGGGCUGACUGAAAGCUGUUCCACAGCCAACGGAGAGAAAGAGAGCAUCACGCUCAUCUCCAUGAAGAACAUCAACACGAAUAACAGCAAAGGCUGCACCUCCGAGGAAAAGAUUCUUUAAAAGUGACCUUGAGCCCAGGGUCCAAAUGUGAUGCAGCUGUCCAGUGAUCAGGAGGAAGAGAAGAGAUGAGAUUGGUGAAGGCAGCAGAUCACAUAUAAGUUAUUUUGUUAUGUGUCUGCUCCCAGCUCUAAAGGACACGACAUUCCUCUUGAUCUAGAAGCAAUCUACCACGAGAGAGACUCCUUCCCACUUGGAAGCCACUCUAGACAUUCAACCUGCCUCCCUCCUCCUCAGGAACACAGGGAAUAGGAGUGAACCGGGCAACAUUUAAGGAAGUGAUAAGGUGGACUGGUCCAGUCUGCUCGAAUUAAAGUUAUUUUCUGGGGCUGGAGAGAUGCCUCAGGCUCAGAGCUUAAGAGCACGGACUGUUCUUUCAAAGGUCCUGAGUUCAAUUCCCAGCAACCAUGUGGUGGCUCACGACCAUCUAUAAUGAGAUCUAGUGCCGUCUUCUCUCGUACAGGCACACAUGCAAGCAGAACGCUGUGUAAAUAAUAAAUAAAUAAGUCUUUAAAAAAUUACUUACUGACCUGGAAUCCAAUUUCUUUUAAGGUUUAUGUUCCCAUCUACCUACCUUCCUUUCUGCCUUCUUUUCGUAUAUGCAUUUCGUACGUAUAUGCAUUGUGUGCAUUCAGGAACCUACAGAGGGCAUGGAUCCCCUGGAACUGGAGUUACAGAUGGUUGUGAGCUAUUCUGUGGGUACCAGGAAUUGAACUUGGGUCUUCUCUUAGAGCAGUAAGUGCUCUUAACUGCUGAACCAUCUCUCUCUCUCUCACCCCAUAUAUAUAUAAUAUAAGAAAUA